GGUGCGCAUCCAGGUGCACCGGAGCCAGACCCCACCCCAGGCGCACGGCCUCGGAGGGCGCCGCGGCCGCGGGGGGAGGCGGCGGGGCGGGCGGGGGGCGGGGCGCGGGCUCCCGCCGUCCUCCUCGCCGUCCUGCUCGCCGUCCUGCUCUCGCGGCGCCGCUCCGCUGGGCUGAGGACGCGGGAGUCCGCGGCGCCGGCUCGGGGCUGCGGGAUGGGGACUUAGCGCCACGGCGGCGGCAGUGGCCGCAGCGCAGCCGGCCGCCGCCCCCGGGCCCAUUCCGCCGGGGACGCCGGGCGCGGCCAGCCCGCCUCGGAGCCAGGCCCGCGGGCGGCGGCGGAGCUGGGCAGGUGGAUGCUGCUGGAAGAUGGCGCCGUCGGGCCCGGGCAGCGUCAGGCGGCGGUGCCGGCGGGUGCUGUACUGGAUCCCGGUGGUGUUCAUCAGCCUCCUGCUCGGCUGGUCCUACUACGCCUACGCCAUCCAGCUGUGCAUCGUGUCCAUGGAAAACAUUGGAGAACAAGUUGUUUGCCUGAUUGCUUAUCAUCUACUUUUUGCAAUGUUUGUCUGGUCGUAUUGGAAAACUAUCUUUACAUUACCAAUGAAUCCUUCAAAAGAAUUCCACCUCUCUUAUGCAGAGAAAGAAUCGCUGGAGAGAGAGCCCAGGGGAGAAGCCCAUCAGGAGGUUCUCAGGCGAGCAGCCAAAGACCUUCCCAUCUAUACCAGGACCAUGUCUGGAGCAAUCCGAUACUGUGACCGAUGCCAACUUGUCAAACCCGAUCGCUGCCAUCACUGUUCCGUCUGUGACAAAUGUAUUUUGAAGAUGGAUCAUCAUUGCCCAUGGGUGAACAAUUGUGUUGGAUUUUCAAAUUAUAAAUUUUUCCUCCUUUUCUUGGCGUAUUCCCUGCUGUACUGCCUUUUUAUUGCUGCUACAGAUUUACAGUAUUUUAUCAAAUUUUGGACAAAUGGUCUACCUGAUACUCAAGCCAAGUUCCAUAUUAUGUUUUUAUUCUUUGCUGCAGCUAUGUUUUCUGUCAGCUUGUCUUCUCUGUUUGGCUAUCAUUGUUGGCUAGUCAGCAAAAAUAAGUCUACAUUAGAGGCUUUUAGAAGUCCAGUGUUUCGACAUGGAACAGAUAAGAAUGGAUUCAGCUUGGGUUUCAGUAAAAAUAUGCGACAAGUGUUUGGCGACGAGAAGAAGUACUGGUUGCUACCCAUUUUUUCAAGUCUAGGUGAUGGCUGCUCCUUCCCAACCUGCCUUGUUACCCAAGAUCCUGAACAAGCAGCUGCUCCUGCAGGACUUCAUCCAGCAUCUAAAAAUCCUGAAAACCAGUUCCCUGCAAAGCCACUGAGAGAGUCCCAGAGCCGCCUUCUCGCUGAUUCGCAGUCCUGGACGGAGGGCAGCACCAACCCGGGCAAAGACAAAGCUGGUAUGAGCAAUCCUGCAUUGACCAUGGAGAAUGAGACUUAACUCUUCAAACAAAAUAAAUUCAUAUUUCAUGAAAGUAUCAAUGCUGUAGAUGGAUGGAGGAGACUUCCCACCGGAAGGCACCUCGGCCAGUCAUUGCAAUUCCCCUGUGGCUGGAUAUGCAGAAUAUGAAUUGAUUAGUUCUCUCCCAGCUGUUGCUUAAAACACCACAGUUUUCAUUCAGGAUACUGAUUGUUGCCAACUAACAAACUCCUGUGAAAUGUUACAA